GACAACAGAGCCAGGCUGCUGCAGCAGGAGGAAGGACGGCCCUGCUUCACUCACCGAGCUGAACAUGUUAGCUCAGAGGGCUAACAGGGCUAACUGCUGAUCUGAUGCACAUGCGCUGAUAUUAAUGCAGGUCUUGCAGGAGAAAGAAACCAUGCACGGGGCUGUUUUUAGGUCAGAGGGGGGACAGGAGCAGGUAUGGGGGGCAGGGAGCCUCCAGGCCGCUGGGGGCAGCAGAGCAGCAGCGGCAGCUUCACUCUGUUGUGUUGAAGAAUGAGCGAAGACCUCCGAGCAGCUCCAGCCAACACAGAUAAACUUUAUCAUUUCAGCUCCACAGAUUCACUCAUGACGCAGUAAAACUGACACGAUGACGUCAGAACGCACGGCUCAUCUCUGACGUUAGUUUCUGGAUGUGAGGGCGGGAAAAAUCUCCGUGAAGGAUGCUCUCGGUGCUUCAGAUGAUCCUGGAGAGCGACGGGAUGAUGGAGGAGGAGGAGGAGGAGAGGUGCAGGGAGGUGGGCUGUCAGUGGGAGAGUCCAGAGGAGGAGGUGAAGAAGGAGGUGGGCUGUCAAUGGGAGAGUCCAGAGGAGGAGGUGAAGAAAGAGGUGGGCUGUCAGAUGGACUCACCGGAGAGGAGGGACGCCGCCGUCCAGGUCGACCUGCUGACUCAGCAGCUGUGUGGCGUGGCGUGGAGGUGCUUCUCCGUCAGAGCCGAUGAUCCAGGAGGGGGCGCUCUGCUGCACCACUGCUGCACACAGAGGCCGGCUGCUCCUCCAGACCCCCAGGAGUCAGAGACCAAACACCUCCAACACACCGCUUCGUUACCCAGCAUGCCUCUGUGUGAGCAGCCCCCCCUUCUGCCUGCCGUAGACGCCUCAGCUGCUCCUCCCCCUGGACUCAUCGCUCCUCUUAGCCCCCGCCUGGCUGAAGAGGAGGAGGAGGAGGAGGAGGAGGAGGAGGAGGAGGGCGCUUUAAAACAUGAAAUCAGUGAGCGUGUCCGUGUUACCGUCCAAUCCACGAUUAAAGCAGAGAAGAAAAAGGAAAGGAGGAAGGGGAAGCCUGAGCUGAACAAGCCCAGGGGGGGAGGAGUCAAGCCCAGAUCCAGUACCUCCACCCCCCAUCAGAAGAAGAGCAGAAGUAGGAAAGAUGAGAAGAAGACACCCAACCAAUCAGAGAAGAGGAGAAAAAUCGGAAUAAAGAACCGGCGUGUUGCAACGCGGCAGCCCUGCAGGAGUAGACGCAUCCAAAAAGGACGACCUGAAGCGCGAAUCAAGCGCACCAAAAGAUGGGGAGAGGCGGAGGGCGGAGUCAAAGCUGUGAGGAUAAAACCAGAGCCGAAGGAGAGGCCAAGGAGGAAGGCAGUAGGUCCUCCAAUCAGAUACCUGCUAGAGUAUGAGGAGAAGUCACAUGGCCUGUCAGCGGUCAAUCACAGCAAAGAUAAAGGAGAAAAGGUGGAGAAGGUGACGGAGGAGGAGGAGCCAGAGAGGAGAGGAGGGGAGGAGCCAGCAGAGAAGAGCGGUAGCAGAUUGGUGGAGCCCUCAGUGGGCGGAGCGAGGCAGCUCAGUCAGCUCAACCUGUCCGUCCACCGAGCAGGACGCCGAUUCAGCCGCAAGCCCGCUCUCCUUCUGCGUCGGCGCCAUCACUACAGAAACAGAGGCAGUCGUCAAGGUAACAAGGCAGCACCCACUGGUGUCCGAGGUGCUGAUGACAGGCUGGAGGAGGAGGUUCACACUAAAGUGAAGAAGGGGGAGGAGGUCAAAAUAAAGAGCAAAGUGAAAGAGAAGAAGACCCUCCCCCCAGCUCCCACCAAGGCUCCUGAUUGGACGAGGCACAGGCAGCGUGCUCACAGAAAUCCCAGCUGGUGGAUGGACUACUUAACCACAAAGAGGAAGCACAGCCCACCAAUCAGAUACCGGCUGGAGUCAGAGGAGCAGCCGCAUCAUCUGGUAACAGCCAAUCAGGAGAGAGCGGAGGAAGUUCAGUCGCUAACUCAUGUUGGAGGCGGGGCUAUGGAUGACACAGUGAUGAUUGGCAGGCCUAUGGACACAAAGACAACAGAGAAUCAAACAGUGCUGACCAAUCAGGAGGCAGCGAUCAAACCCAAACGUAGAGUAGGAAGACCAAGAAAGGUGGUGGUUGAUGAUGAGAUGAGGGGCGGGGCUUCAGAGACGACCGCUUUGAGUGAGGCUGAAGAGAAACAGACAGGUGAGGUUAAAACAAAGGAACUUGAAAAGACCACAGGGGAGAAGAAGCAGCCUGAAAAGGAGGAGGAGCCAAAAGGGCACCUGAAGAAGGAAAAGGAGGAGAAUCAGACAGAAGAGGGAAGAACGCGAACGCUGGCGUGGAGGCCGAGGAGGACGAUGGUUGGUCCACCAAUCAGAUACCUCCUGGAGUCAGAGGAGCAGCCACGUGGCCUGUUAACAGCCAAUCAGGAAAGAGCAGAGGGACCAGGAUCGCCAAGGAAACCAGAGACAAAGAUCAAAGGUGAGGGCGGGGCUUCAGAUGAGACAGCAGUGAUUGACAGGCCUAACCCUGAGCUGGGAACAACGGGGAAUGAUGGACAGAAAACUCUGACCAAUCAGGUCACAGAGAUCAGACCUAAAUGCAGAGUAGGACGACCGAGAAAGGUGGUGAUUGACAGUGUGACAGGGGGCGGGGCUUCGGAGAGCACCGAUCAGCCAAUUGAGAUGGUGGCGGAGCAGACGAAGAAGAGGCUUAGAGAGGAGGAGGAGGGGCAACACAGUGAGGAAGAGGUGCAGGAGCCCAGGAGGUCGAGGAGGACGAUGGUUGGUCCACCGAUCAGAUACCUGCUGGAGUCAGAGGAGCAGCCGCAUCGUCUGGUAACAGCCAAUCAGGAGAGAGCACAGGCAUCUCAGCUUAGUAGCAAACCACGGAAGAAGAGUGCAGCAGGAGGCGGGGCUUUGGAUGAUACAGUAAUGACUGACAGCCCUGGGGAUGCAGAACUGAAGCACAAUGAAGAGGAGAUUCGCUCUUACUUAGACUCCUCCCACCUGAUCUACGUCGACCCUCAGAGCAGACUGAUGACCGUCCUCUCUCCGUGCUGGGUCAGACUGCAGCGCCUCGUCUGAUUGGCUUAUGAGUGAAGGUGUAACACCAGACUGGCCUGGACUUUUGAAAUAUUCCGUUCUUUAGUGAUAUAAUAUUUAAAAAGUUAACGUUCAACAGCAGUUCUGACCUGGAGAGAAACAGGCGUAGGGCCGGCGUCCACGGCCAACGGUUUCUGCAGCGGCAGCAUUCACGGUUCAGUCUGGGUUUGGUAUGCUGCUGAAAAAUGAAAAUAGAGCCAUGAAUUUAUAGCCUCAUUCCAGGUCCCUUUGUUUGCUACUGUAAAGCUGACAGUGUCUGUCUAGUGUGAGAGCAGCCGUUAUAGUUGGGACAGGCUGUGGAGGAUUUGACUCUAAAGUCUGUGUAAAGGACUAACGUUUGUUUCUUAAGCUUUAAAGAGCGUUACAGGACUGAAACGUUAGAACUGUAUUUAUACGUCAGUGUUGAUAUCAGCUAAAAUAAAUGUGUAAAUAUUGGCACAGCCUCUUCAUGGCCUCAGAGGUUAAUAACGUUGGCGUCUGUUUCAGACAGAGCAGAGGAGAGAGACCUGGGCCCUGUUCUAGUUUUUAAGCCUGAGUGCCGUUUUAGUGACGAUGACAAAGAGGAGGAAGUUACUGUAAUGUAGACAGACGUGGAAAGAACAAUGCAACCAUUUGACAUCACCACCCAGAAUGCAAUGCACAGCAAUGACAGCCUUCAUGUGAAUAUGUUUUAAAUCUUCUCCAAAUGUAGAAAUCUAGAGUGUGGUUUUUGUUGUGCAGCAUAUAUAAAAGACAUUUUUGUUAGUGUAAGGUCAUUCAGUCUGAAUAUGCAAGCUUUCCUUUAGCAUUAAAUACACACGUAGACGCAUGCUGCUGUCCGCUCAGUAAACCACAGCACAGGUCUGGAGUUUCAGUGCAGAGAUGCUGCAGUGGACACGCGUUCUCAAACAUGCAUGUGUGCAGCUUCUCUGCUCUUUAUGCUCCUCUGUGAUAUAAACAUGACCGUCCAUCACACGUCUCACCACACAGACAAAGUUAUCAUAAUUUAAACUAAGAAAUGAUCUUUUUGGACAGAAUUCAGGACUGUGUUUGUGUUUUAUCACAUAUUUGUCAUAAAUCAGAGAAAUCUGACUGCUGAACUCUUACAUAGUGAUGAAAUGUGCUGACAGAAGGUUGUUUUAUUUAUUUUCAGUGUCAAAACAAAACAGAUUUUUAUGAUCCACGUUUUUAAAAAUACCAAAGGUUUAAAAUAAAAUUUGUACUAUUUCAUGCUGUGUCAGCAGUAGUCCAUCCUACACUGUAGAGUGAAGUAGCUCACUCUCAGACAACCGGACAGAUCUUUGACAUGUUUACAUUUUCUCUGCGCUUCCCUCAACAUUUUUAUUCAACGUUGUCCCACCAACCUAAACCAGGCCUAAACUGGGCCUAAACCGAGCCUAAACUGAGCCUAAACCAGGCCUAAACUGGGCCUAAACCGGGCCUAAACUGGGCCUAAACCAGGCCUAAACUGGGCCUAAACCGAGCCUAAACUGGGCCUAAACCAGGCCUAAACUGGGCCUAAACCGGACCUAAACUGGGCCUAAACCAGGCCUAAACUGGGCCUAAACCAGGCCUAAACUGGGCCUAAACCGAGCCUAAACUGGGCCUAAACCAGGCCUAAACUGGGCCUAAACCGAGCCUAAACUGGGCCUAAACCAGGCCUAAACUGGGCCUAAACCGGACCUAAACUGAGCC